AUGUCGGGCUAUGAAGAUCCAGCAUCAACUGCGCUUUACUCUCAGUACGUAAUGGAACAAACCGCUCCAGCUCACACUAAUGGAGUGACAGAGCAACAACAACAUUCGACAGAAGAAAGUGCUGGUGGUACGCACGCAAAAUCAGAAGAUGCGUCCGAUACCGCAGCAGCACCUCAACAGUCUGAUUGGGAUCGAUAUUGGGAUAUUGUUAAAACAAAUCCAGAUGACUUUGCAUCAUGGGAAUAUUUAAUUCGACUCGCAGAGACAGCGGAAGGAGGACUAACACCAACAUCGCCACCCUCUAAUAUAUCAAACAUGCGUAUGGUCUACGAUCAAUUUCUGGCCAAAUUUCCAUUGUGUUUCGGUUAUUGGAAAAAAUACGCUGAUCUCGAAUUUGUGCUGGAAGGUGCCGCCAGUGCCGAAAAGAUUUAUGAACGUGGUGUUGCUGCUAUUGCAAAUUCAGUUGAUUUGUGGACACAGUAUUGUGCAUUUAAAAUUGAGCACGCGCAGGAUGAAGAAUCUAUUCGAGGGUUAUUUGAACGUGGUGCUGCAUAUGUCGGCCUGGAUUUUUUAGCACACAUAUUUUGGGAUAAAUAUUUAGAAUACGAGGAAUCUAAAGAAGCAUACGAUCGUGUAUUAAAAAUAUUGGAACGUAUUAUACGAAUUCCAAUGCACCAAUAUGCUAAAUUUUUUGAUAAGUAUACGCAAUUGUGUCCAACACGCCCGGUCACAGAACUUGUUACCCCUGAACAAUAUCAACAAUUUGAAGCAGAAGCAAAGGCUGCACCACCUGUACCACCUUCCGAAACCACAGAGGGUGAGCAACCGCCUGCUCCUGUCGAAAAAACCGAAGAGCAGAUUCAGGCAGAUAUCCGAAUGCGUAUUUAUAAUAUGAAUGUAGAAAUUUACAUGAAAACACAAGCCGAAACGAACAAGCGAUGGCCAUUCGAAUCAGAGAUAAAACGGCCAUACUUCCAUGUGAAGCCGAUGGAUGAUGUUCAACUUAUAAAUUGGCGGAGAUAUCUUGACUUUGAAGAAACAGAAGGUGAUGAAACUCGAAUUCAAGUUUUAUUUGAAAGAUGCUUGGUUGCUUGUGCAUUAUACGAUGAAUUUUGGCAAAGGUACGCGCGAUGGAUGUUAUCAAAAAACAGAAUUGAUGACGUCCGAAAUAUUUAUCAGAGAGCCACUUCAGUUUAUAUUCCUAUCAGUCGUCCAAGCAUUCAUUUAUCAUUCGCUUGCUUUGAGGAAGAACAGGGCCGAAUCGAAGAAUCGAGAAACAUUUACAAGCACAUCAUGGAUAAUUUGCCAGGACACGUUGAAACGCUAUCAAAAUAUGCACAUUUUGAAAGACGGCAGCAUUCUAAUGAUUUGUCUGUCCCCCUCAACAUAAUUCGGGAUGCGAUUAAAAGCGAAGCUUUAGUUUCGGACUCAAAGGCUAAGGCUUUUCUAAGUGUGCAACAUGCUAAAUUGCUGUGGCAUAAUCAAGGUUCUGUCGAAGAAGCUCGACGAAUAUUUCUAGAAGGCUCUACACAAUAUUUGGAUAGUAAAUAUUUCUGGGUAAAUUAUGUUAACUUUGAGAUAGCACAGACAGGUCCCGAAGUGGAAGAAAACUUACGUAAAAUAUUUGAGCAGAUCCGAAAUUCUUCAUUGAGUUCCGAAUCGAUACGAGAAUUGGCACAACGUUAUCUUGAUUUCAUAAUGGAGCGUGGAUCUUCAAUUUCUUUAUAUAAUAAAAUUGACGUUGAAGCAAAUGGUCCUAUCACUGCACGCCAAAUUUCAGAUUCGAAGAAACGUGGGCUUGAAGACGAAGAACUCGAAAGAGCAACUAAACAAGUGCGACUUGAUGGGGUUGGGGUUGAAAGCCCCGUGAGCGCGAGUCCAACUGCGGUACCCUAUGGAGCUACACCUGCUGCUUCUACGGCUGCAGCGCAAGCUUCAUAUUACUCGCAGACACCAUGGGGAUAUACUGCGGCUGCAGCUGCGAGUACAGGACAGAACUAUCAAUAUCAGUAUCCACAUACACAGCCAGCAACAACUGCAUCCACUCCUGGUGCAGCUUCAACACCAACUACCGCUAUUCCAUGGGAUUACACUCAACCAAGUACCACGGGAUAUUAA